CAGACAACAGCCUGUUGGGUUAAACAUAUUUUUGCGUGUUAAUAUUAAAAUACACGGUUUCCUGAGUUCUCGUUGUAUCUAAAGCUACAAGGUGUCGUUGUCAACUAACGUCCUUCAAAAGGCACUCACGAUGAAUAUCCUGACACCCCAAGACGGACCAGAUAUUUCACCCAUUGAUUCCGCAGGUGAAUGGCACAGUGCGACUUUUUGGGUGCUGGUUGUUGGUGCGUCAGCCCUGGUCGCGGCGGCACUAGCUAUCUUCGCUUGUUGGAUUACACGGCGUCGUUCCACGCUCGCUCAUAAGCUUGGGGGAAAACGAGGCCCGGACAAGGCGCUAGUAUUCCAGCCCCCACGCCGUGCCACCGCUGUGCGAUCCCCGGGAUCUGCCACGCACUACCUGCGCAAAUCUCCAUCGCCUACUGCCGCCGCACCACCGCCUACUGCGUCACCACCGCAGCCUCAACCCCCGACUAACCCGCCAUCCGGUGGCAACAGUCCGCAUACCCCGACAGCUCCCGAGCCCGCACCGUUGAGCAAGGAGCUUGCUGAUGCCAACGCCACUGAGAAACCCAAGCCAAUUGAACCUGAAACGAAUGACGGCAAGCUUGGCGACCUGCACUUUAAACUGCGAUAUGAAAAUGAGAAGAGCGCUCUUGUUGUGUCAGUGGUCUCCUGCCAGGGCUUGCCUGGUCGCGAGCCAGCUGGACCAGACCCCUAUGUUAAGCUGCAGCUUUUACCGGACAAACAGCAUAAAGUAAAGACAAGAGUUGUACGGAAGACACGUUGCCCGGUGUACGACGAAGACUUCACUUUCUACGGCAUCGCUCCCCACCAGCUCGCUGCAAUUACUCUGCAUUUCGUUGUCUUGAGCUUUGACAGAUAUUCCCGCGAUGAGAUAAUCGGUGAAGUGGUGUCGCCUCUGUCCACUCUGCAGCUGCACAGUGGCGAAGCUACCGCCCUUUGCCGCGAGAUACAACCACGGAGCUUAAAGAUGCGCAGCGUGGGUCGCGGGGAGGUACUGGUGUCGCUGUGCUGGCAGCCUGCAGCCGCGCGACUCACUGUCGUGCUGCUCAAGGCCCGCAAUCUGCCCAAGAUGGAUGUUACUGGACUUGCUGAUCCAUACGUCAAGAUGUACCUGCUAUAUAACGGACAGCGCAUCGCCAAGAAGAAGACGCACGUGAAGAAGCGUACUCUGAAUCCGGUGUUCAACGAGUCGUUCGUGUUUGAAGUGCCGGCAGCUCCUAACGCCACGCUCGACCACGUCUCCCUCGAGCUGCUCGUACUCGAUUGGGACCGCGUUACCAAGAACGAGGUGAUCGGUCGGCUGGAGCUGGGCGCGGAGGGCGCGGGCAGCGCGCGGCACCACUGGCGCGAGGUGCAGGCCGCGCCGCGCCGCCAGAUCGCCGACUGGCACAAGCUCAAGGAGUGAGCUCACACCGACCCUCCCCACGCACACUUACCCGCAUUUUCAUUCACACUACCGCAAACCCCCUAUUCCAAGUCAUUUUUCUAUCUUUUAACACAAGUCCACAAUGCUUAAACGUUGAACAUCAUGAGUAAAUAAUGUCCAAUGUAUCACCUGUGAGUCUCCACCGCCUGAUAUGAUUCACGCCUGAUAUGUGCGCAUAUGUUCUAGAAAUAUCAACCGAACUUAGAUUGAAUCUCAAUAGAAUACCAUGUUUUUAACAUCCUUAGUUUGUACAUCUCUGUCUCAUAGUGAGACUAAACGGUUUGGAUUCUUUAUACUACUUCCACGGUUAUACCACUAUACGUAAUAGUAAUUUCAUAAAAUUUUCUAUCGCAAUUUGUUUUACAAUACCUACACUUUUUGGUGAAAGAAAAUGUUAAAAUAGAUAAAUUUUAACCAGAUACAAAAGUUAAAUAUAUUAUAUAACUAUAGACAGUGACAAUAACGAAACUUGUUGAAAAAUGCGUUUUGUGCAAUUUAUGUUUUAAUUGUAUACAGACAAAAAAUAUAGAGUAUUAACACAAAAAAAACUCAGACAAAAAUCUUUUUUUAAUUUUUAGUAAAAUGAAUACAUAGUAAACUACAUAUUACAAAAUUAUUCAUAUAUCAAAUAAUUACCGAAUUGAAAUUAACGAAUUUUAAGUCUUGAUCGUUAAAAUUUUUUAAUGGGCCAAAUCAUUUGAAUAUGCGCCAUAGCACAUAGUAAUCAAAUAAUUGUGUAUAACGUUUUAUUAAUAAGCGUGCGAUGUCAUUUUUUUAGAAAAGAUAACAAAUUAAACGUUUCGUCAUUAUUAUUCUACCGCUAAACAGCCAUAUUUUGCAUUGCUGUGUAAUUCUUUACAUUAGUUGCCAUGGCGGUAUAAAAUGAUAAUUAAAAAUACUUCUCCCUAUAAGCGCACUCCCUGUCCGUAUAAGCGCAUCUGAUCACUUAAUACCAUUGAAUAAUCCAUUUGCCGUAUAAAUCGGAUGGUGAAAAAGCUUCUACUUAUUGUGUACUAAAACAAAACCGUUGUUGUUUUGGAAGAGAAAUGGAGUACGUUCGAAUUUCAACCUCACUCUCUCUCACGCGGGUGGGCUAGUUAUUUAUAAGUAUGUUUUUAUGUUUGGAUACGUGUUUAUAAGUUAUAAGCUCUUAAUACCUACAUUUUAUUUAAGCGUUAAUUGAAAAAAAGGUAAGAUUCGCUCAUUUAUUAAUAACGAUUAUAUUUAUUCGAUACAAAGGUAUUUUUGAAUAGAAUUUAAUCCUCAAACGGGUAAGUGGGAUAUUAGCCAAAAUCCAAAAGCAGGUGAACUUUUCUUUAGAUAUAUCGAGAAAAAGAUAAUUAAAAGUAGUGAUAUUUUGUAUUAGAUAGAUAAAUUUAUUUCAUCAUCAAGUAAAUAUAAUAUUUUUGUCUCGUGUAUCCCAAAUAUUUAUUGUUUUUAAAACGCACACUUCUGUAUGUCUUGUAGGUAAUGUCUCAAAAGAUUACGUAUUUAUAAAGUGUCAUGUUUAGAUUUUCUUCAAUAUUUUUCUAUUACGCACAUCGAAACUUUGUUUAUUUUUUAAUAUGUAUAAUAAAAUAUUCAUAUAUUAACAUAUUUACAACUUUGAACGGUUGAAUGAUGCAAAUCGUUACCUUUUCAAAGUGGAAAAAUAAUUCCAUAAUAGACGAUGCUAAUUAUUAUAUUACUAUUAAAAAUAAUACAGAAGAUGUAAUUCUACAUAAUUUUAUAAAAGCAAUUAAAUGUUUAAUUUUAUUCUGUUUAAGUUAUGGAUUUGCGUAAUAGAUAAAUACUAUUAUAUAGAAGUUAGAGAAGAAAAACCGCUCUUUUUCUACUUAAUAAAAUACUUAACAUAUCUAACUGAUAAGACAAUUAUAAUUGUCACAUUACGAUCAACAACCCGUAUAUAUUUAAUCUGUGCACGUUUUAUUUUAUAUAAAAAAAAUUGUAUAUUUUAUUUAAACAAAGCUUUGUUAAUAAGACAUAGAUAGGUAUUUAAGUUAAAAGUGGAUAACCGGAAAGUGUAAACAUUUAUUCUUGAUUAUUAAAAUGAACACAUAAAUAACUUAAUUAUUGAUAAUAAUCGAUAAGGCAUCGACGUAAUUGAUUGAAAAAAUCUAUGUGUCUAUAAGGUAGUAUCAUCUAAAAUUAUAAUUAGUAUAUUCCGUCAAGGAUAUUUUGGCGUGCGGGAAAAAUCGGAAUUAAUAUUGACAUCUUAUCAAAUUUUAUAUUUCGAAUAAUAUAAAUGACUGCAAAUAAUCUGAGUGGCUGCAGCAAAUAUACAAAACUCGAUAAUAAGCAUUGAUGUAUUGCCUAAAAGUAGGGAAAAUUUAUUAACUGGUAACCCUUAAGCUUCAAUUACGCCCUGUCACAAUAUCCUUGUCGCACUAUAAGCAACGUCUCACCAGAGAAAUAUAUUAGGUAUUAUUAAAAUGACACUUUUUUUAAAUCGUGUUUUUGUUGCUUAAAAUGUAAUAAAAUAUUAAAAGUUAUUCGAGGCACUUUUGCGUUGAUAUAAAUUGAAUACACCCGGAUUAUGAAAUGAUAUUGACAUAAUUUGCCUAAUUUAUAUUAUUUUGUAAAAAUAUCGCUGUAAUUAAUAUGCAUAUUAAAAUGAAUAAGAAAAAUUAUUAUUACUAAUGCUAUUAGAUAAACCGCGGUCUUACUCUCGUGGAAUAGCAUGAUCUUUGACAUGUAAUACUCAUAUGAUAAAUUUAAAAAAAAAAAUAUAUUUAUCGAUAUGAUAGAUGAAAAAAAAAAUCUAUUUUAUACUAAAUAUUACAUACGUAGAUUAUAACAUGUAACGGCUCAUUUGACGAAGCUUGAAGCUUGUAGUCAUCUGUACCUAAUAGACGCUAAUCCUGUAACAGCUCUUCGUAUUUGGUUCUCUUUUCAAAUAAAAACUUUUUGUACUUUAGAAGUAAAUAUAUAUUUCACGAAUUUCACUUAUGAUUAUUUACAGUCUAAUAAAAAUAUUUAUAUAUUUUUAACGUAUAUUACUCUGAUUUAAUUAAUUAUAAUUAUUUUUUUAAUAUAAAUCACAGAAAAAACAUUUAAAAUAGAUAUAAACAGCUUCUUUAAUUAUAUUAAAUAUG